AUGACUUCAGCUACUUCACCCAUCCGGGGACUCGCUCUUGGGAGAGAAGCGUCUGAUGAUACCUCCAUGAAUCAGUCUCCGUUCUCACCAAAUUGCACCACAAAUUCCCCGCCAGCACUUGAGGGCUCGGGAUCGGGAUCAGAUUCAACAUCAUCGUCGAAAAGAUCCAGAAUCACCACGGGCUCGGGCUCGGGCUCGGGAUCAUUGCUAUCUUCGAAAAGAGCCAGAAUCUCUGAGGACUUAGGCUCGGGCUCGGGCUCGGCCCCAGAAUGGGGACCGGACUCGGACGACUCAAUGCCAUCGCCGCCAAAAUCCAUGACGCUGUCCGACUCCCCAGGCUCCUCCCCGCCGGUCUCCCCACCUCAACCAUCAGUGUCCCCAAUCUCAUAUGUAUGGAAUAGUGCUAGCUCAGGCACGAGCAUGGGGACCACGCCUCAAGCCCUCGUCUUGAAGGAUGUCAAAGAGGUCCCCGCCGCAAUCUACAUCCUCUCCGAGUUCCCAGACAUGAUUCCCGUCUACAACCAGACCCGUGCCAAUUACCCCAGCUUCUUCCUCUGGAUCGCCCGCGUUGGUAACUACCCUGCCGUCAAAUUCCUCAUCGAGGAAAAGGCCGCAGCCGUCAUGGAGAUCAACACGUUCCCCCGCGGCGCCAACCGUACCGCCCUCCACUACGCUGCCUUCCACGGCCACCUUGACAUGCUCAACUAUCUGCUAGACUACAUGCACAACGAUGACAUCGAGGUGGACUACGUCCAAGACCGCUCCGGAUUCACGGCCCUGCACCUGGCGUGCAUUAAUCCUGCCAUUGAAACCAUCCGCCUGCUUCUCGGCCACCCAUGGGGCAACAGCCCCCACAUCCGCGCCAACUGCCUCUCCACGGCACUGCACAUUGCUGCGAGAAGUGCCGAUGAGGACAUCGUCGAACUGAUCAUCGAGGCCGGCGCCGACUUCAACGCAGUCAACUCGAGCGGCUACACGCCGCUCAUGAUCGCCGCCGAGAACGGCAAUGGAAAGGCCAUCGUCAAGCUCGCCGAGUACGAGCUGGACCUCGGCCGCCAGACCACGUUCGGCGGCGACACGGCCCUGCACUUUGCGGUGCGCGGAGGGUUCCUGCAGGUGACUAAGUAUCUCCUGCGUAUGGGUGCCGAUUGCCAUGUGGUCAACCUCUUCUCAAAGACUGUGCUGGACUAUACCCUGGAGGAUAUUCUACUGUCGAAGAGGGAGAAGGAGAGCUGUAAGAAGAUUAUGGCUAUCCUUGAGGCGCUGGCGAACGAUUCUCCGGAUAAGUGGGCCCUGAUCAACCAUGAGGAUGAUAUGGUUGCGAGGGCGCAGCCUGUGUCGGAUUUUGAUCCAUGCCUCAUUGAGAGACCUAGGGGACCGAAGAGUUGCCCUGAGGAUCUUGGUGGGGAGUGGGAGAUAGAUAUGUGGUAG